AACGUCGUCCCUGGGAGCCACGGAGCAGCAACGCCCCUCUCUAUAAAAUCCGAGCAGCUCUGUUGCGGAGGAUUCCAGCGCUUGACAACUCGGCCCCAGCAGCGGAAUGGGUUAGCGGGCACCACCAUCCAUGGGGAACAGCCUGAUUAAGAAACCCCGGCAGUGAGGGCGCGGAGGCUUGGACGCCAGGGUCGAGCACAGUCGCUGCGCACCAGCUCCACCAACUCGCUGCCAACGUGGGCGCGGCGCCCAGGACGCGAUUUGAUACAUAAUAAAUAGGUGUAAAACGGCUGAGAUUUUAUCUGAAUAAGCCCCUGAUGCCAUCCCAGAAGCUCUGUAUGCAGGUGUAUUUGGCAUAGUGUCUGACACUAAUUAACCCAGGAGAUCAAAAUGAUGCUCAACUCUUCCACCGAAGACGGUAUUAAAAGAAUCCAGGAUGACUGUCCCAAAGCUGGAAGACACAACUACAUAUUUAUCAUGAUCCCUACUUUAUACAGUAUCAUCUUUGUGGUGGGAAUAUUUGGAAACAGCUUAGUGGUGAUUGUCAUUUACUUUUACAUGAAGCUGAAAACCGUGGCCAGUGUUUUCCUUCUGAAUCUAGCACUGGCUGACUUAUGCUUUUUACUGACAUUGCCUCUAUGGGCUGUGUACACUGCCAUGGAAUACCGCUGGCCUUUUGGCAACUAUCUAUGUAAGAUCGCCUCAGCCAGUGUCAGUUUCAACCUCUAUGCCAGUGUGUUUCUACUCACGUGCCUGAGCAUAGAUCGCUACCUGGCUAUCGUUCACCCCAUGAAGUCCCGUCUUCGUCGCACAAUGCUUGUAGCCAAAGUCACCUGCAUCAUUAUUUGGCUGCUCGCUGGUCUGGCUAGUUUGCCAACUAUAAUUCAUCGAAAUGUAUUUUUCAUUGAGAAUACCAAUAUUACAGUUUGUGCUUUCCAUUAUGAAUUCCAAAAUUCGACCCUCCCCGCUGGACUGGGCCUAACCAAGAAUAUUCUGGGUUUCUUGUUUCCUUUUCUGAUCAUUCUUACAAGUUAUACACUUAUUUGGAAGGCUCUCAAGAAGGCUUAUGAAAUUCAGAAGAACAAGCCAAGAAAUGAUGAUAUUUUCAAGAUAAUUAUGGCAAUUGUGCUUUUCUUUUUCUUUUCCUGGGUUCCCCACCAAAUAUUCACUUUCUUAGAUGUCUUGAUUCAUCUGGGCAUCAUACAUGACUGCAAAAUUGCAGAUAUUGUCGACACUGCCAUGCCUAUCACAAUUUGCAUAGCUUAUUUUAACAAUUGCUUGAAUCCCUUUUUUUAUGGCUUUUUGGGGAAAAAGUUUAAAAAAUAUUUUCUCCAGCUUCUGAAAUACAUUCCCCCAAAGGCCAAAUCCCACUCAAACCUAUCAACAAAAAUGAGCACGCUUUCCUACCGCCCCUCAGAUAAUGGAAGCUCAUCCUCCAAGAAGCCAUCCCCAUGCUUUGAGGUUGAGUGACAGACUUCAAACCCGUCGAAGAAUUUACCUUAUAAAACAAGGAACAAGAAAAACAUUCCUCCAUAGCACUUCACUGCAAAGUGAAUGUUAGCUACUUUUUUUUUUCCAAAUUUAAGAAGAAAAUGGAUUGUGUGGUCUCUAGCUAUUUUUCUAAAUCUUUGAACAAAAGCUUUCUUUUCCCUUUGCAGCAAAAUUAAGCAAGGUACAUUUGCAUCAUUUUGCAUUACACGGAUAAUGGCCACUCCAAGAAUGAUGUCAAAAGCUGGAUGAAUGUGUUUGUUUGGAAAGUUUCACUGGCACAAAUACAGUCUCUUUAGUCUAUUCUUGUUCUCUUAUUUUUGAUCUCCACAUACAGGUAUCUAGAAUAUUUUAAAUACCUUUAGUGCUGCAACAGGAGAUCAGAGGUCAAGAUCAUGCUGCCCACUUCCCAGUGGGGAGUUAAGAUUUGUGCUGUUUAGCCAUUAGCGCCACUGGCACAUUUGCCACCACAUGUUUUGUUCAAAGUCUCACUGAACAGUUGUCAGCUCUCAAACUUUGGUGAAAUUCACCCAAUGUCUUACAGAUGCAUACUGCCAAAAAUUGCCAGCUAGCUGGUUUAUUUGUAUUGUGCUCUUACUAAUGUCACAUAUAAAAGUGAAAUUACUUGUAAAGGUGUUAUUCUGUCCUCAGGUAGGUGUGUCUUCCUAGUUAUAUUUGAGAAGUAUACGUGUUUUGUGGUGCAAGAGAUUAUAUAUAUACGCUUUACUGUUUUAGAAAGGAGAUAGCCUACCUACCUAUGUAAUGUGUAUAUCUCUAAACUGUUGUUUAAAA